AUGGAAGGUGAGCAAGAGGUAGAUAUAGAGGAUGGAGUAGAGGUGGACAUGACCAAUGAAAUUGAUGCAUUGUGGAAAAGGUUCAGAUCAUUAGACGUGGCAGGAAAGAGAGAACUAAAAAGUAGGGUGUGUGAAAUUGCUUACCCCAUUACAACAAAGAUGGUACCUCCGCCUGAAAAAAUAAAGACAAAAGGGAAGAUACUUGUGAGAUAUGAUGUUUAUCGUGAUCCUUCAUAUCAUGAGUAUGUUGAUUAA